UGUAAGAUGGUAUGGGAGGUGAUUCGUGCCAAAAUUCGACGAUGUGACGAACCCGUUUUGUUCGUCUGGAGGAGGCGUGUCUCGUCGAGAGGAGGAGGCAAGUUUUUUGAAGUGGAGAGGAGCGCGAAAGUGUGGAGAAGGCGGGUCUCGUUCAGCGGGAGGGGCGCGGUUUAUGCGGGGCUGGACACGUCGUGAGAGCCCGGAUGUCAGACCUAGAGCAGCUGGUUGGAGGAGAUUUUAUGACACAAACGUGACUGACUAGGGAGAUACAAUGUGUUUGUGAUUCAUCAAGAAUUACCCUAAGAGACACUGAGUUCCAGUCUCCAAGCCUUGUGUCGACAGACCCCGCCUACCUUCCUCCUCUGUCUUUAUGUAUAUUCCCAUUGUAUUAGUAUGUAUUAAGUUGUUGCUGUUCCCAUUGUAUGUCUUUGUCAUUU